AUGGACUAUAAUAUAAGCAGAUUGUGUAGAGUAUGUUUGGAGGAAGGAGUGUUCACGUCAAUAUUCAGCACAGAACUGGUACCGAUGCCACCAGCAAAUAUGCUCGUAAUGUGUGCCAAUAUUAAGGUGUCGAGAGAAGAUGGUCUUCCCAGCACGAUCUGCAAUAACUGCAUGUACCGCCUCGGGGUAGCGUUUCAUUUGAAGCAACAAUGUGAGAACUCUGACUUGAGAUUGCGGCAAUACAUGAACGGUGGCUCUGCGAUGGCGUACAGCUACACACUGGAAAAGGAAACGAUGACGGACGAUUCCUGGCUCCUCUCUGGAGCGGAUCAUAAAGGUGAUGAUCAUAAGUCUUCUGAAAAGAAGUCAAAUAGCAGAAAACGAUACAGACCCAAGCUGCCAGAAGAACGAAAGAAGCGAGGUCCAAAACCGAUGCCGAAAAUCCCUCAAACAUGCUACCAGUGUCACAAAACAUUCAAAUGUGCCGCUCAACUACAAAUGCAUUUACGGACUCACUCAGGAGAGAAACCGUUCGCGUGCAACGUUUGUCCUCGCCGAUUCGCCCAAAAGCACAACCUCGCCAUUCACAUCCGCACUCAUACCGGUGAACGACCCUACCAGUGCGAAAUCUGCAGCAAGCAGUUUUCGGCGCUGGGAAACUUUCAGGCGCACAAAAAAAUCCACACCAACGAGCGAGACCACGUGUGUCCUUCCUGUAACAAAGGUUUCAUCACAUCCGGCGACCUAACGCGACAUAUGAUCUCCCACUCGGGCAUCAAAAACUACCACUGUGAUAUAUGCGCUAAGAGCUUCAGUCGUAACCGCGAUAUGAUGGCUCACAAGCGUAAGAUGCAUCUGAACGAGUGCUCCACUGAGAGCUACAAAUGCCACGAGUGCCACAAAGUGUUUGCAACACUGAACAACCUAAACGGCCACAUGAGAGUGCAUGCAACGGAUGCUAACUCCGUGGUGGAUCCGGUCGGUGCUCUUAUGCCUUCGCAGCAACAGCAUCAACCUCACGUACCCGCACCGAUCGCACUAGCACCACAUGGACUGGGACCGGGUUCGCUGGGUGUUGGAUUGGGAAUGUUGCCGUAUCCAGCGUCCCAUCCAACGCAUCCACCGCCACCACCAGCUCAGGUAGCCUACCACAGCCAAAUGCACCCAUCGCAGCGAUUGCAUCCGUACUGA